AGAUUUGAAAAAGAUUGGAAAAUGGGUAGAAUUGGAUGAUAGGUUUUCUAAUUAAAAAUAAAUUACAUAUUAGGGUGAAUAUUAUUUGAAUAAUAUGAAGGUAGAGAGAUGGGAUAUUAUAUGUGAUAGAAAUGGAAACGGAGAAUACAAAUUUAUGUAAAUUUUAAAAUAUCUGCCUUCAGUGGUGGUGGAGCUUAUGAUAAUGAGGGAAAUUAGAUAAAGAUUGGAAAAUGGGUAUUUAAAAAAACUAAAGUACUAACGUAUUUUUAAAUAAAUAGAUGUAUUUCCUUUCAAUAUGUCAUUACAAUUAUUUAUUUCCCAAUAAACAUCAGCCUAAAAGACGGAAGGAAAUUAAAUGAUGAACUUUUUCUAAAUAUAAUUAAAAUAAAUCUUCUAAAGUAUUUGUAAGUUAUGCUUUAAUUUGAUUCUUUAAAUUAUCUAAUAUACAAAAGAAAAAGAUCUAGUAAAAAAAAAUAAGAGGAAGAGCAUCAGGACAUAAGGAAGAUCCUGAAAAAAAAGAAUCAUAAGAAACUUUACAGUUAUUAUUUCAUAAACUUGAUCAUUUAAUUUUGA